AUGCCUAAGAACCCAAAGUUUGAAUAUGAUGCAAAGCAGCCUGCGUUCCUCCAGAAACUCCGGGGCCAGUAUGGAGACAACACCGGUCGCUUGGAGCGACCUGCCUUACGACCGACCAGACUCAAAGUCAAUAAUGACGACGAUGAUGACGAGCCUACCUACAUCGAUGAAGACAGCAACGAAGUGAUUUCCAAAGAGGAAUACAAGGCAAUGGUUGGUGAAAGUGGCCCAAAAGAAGAGGGGGAGGCCGGAGACUCAGCGAUGGACAACUCCACUGGCGAUCAUGUGAAAUCCCAAACAGAAGCUUCCAUCAGCAAACAGAAUAAUCUCACUGAGAUUGGGGGUCAGAGGAAACGAAAACAGGCCAAGGUGGUGGGUGAGGACAAGGCCGAAGCUAAAGAAGUCCAGCCCAAGGCGGCUUCGAAGAAAUCUAAGAAGCCUAAGAAGAUCAAGCUAUCCUUCGACGAGGAAUGA